AUGCCGGACUUCAAGCCUGGGCAGACCGUCUUGCUCAACGAUGGCCGCAAGGCUAUUGUGCGGUUUGCCGGCCCGACUCACUUCCAGGUGGGCGAAUGGAUCGGCGUCGAGCUCGAGGAGAAGACGGGCAAGAAUGAUGGAAGCGUCCAGGGCGAGCGAUACUUUGACUGCCCCAUGGGCUAUGGCAUGUUCGUCAAGCCCAUGAUGGCCACCAUCAUCGCGCAGCCCGCCGCUCCCAAGCCCGCUGCAGCAGCUCGCAAACCGGCCGCCAGACCGUCUGGGUUCCAUCCCACCGUGGGUAGACCUUCGAUCUCUGGCGGCGACACCAAUCUCAGCAAGAGGAGGCCUAGCAUCAACGCGCCGAGCCCCAGCCCGGUCCCUCACCACAAGCCGUCGCAAUCGUCGAGCAACCUGCGGCUCAGCGGUUCGUCGAGUGCUAGCGUUUCUCGAACGGGGACACCCUCAACCGUCCGGGUGCCAUCUGCCGCGGGCAAACCUCGCACGGCCCUGCCGGGCUCGCGCACGUCCAUGGGACCCCCUCCGCCUCCCCAACCCGGCCAGCGAUCGUCAGUGCGACAGUCGUCGGUAUCGUCAGUCCAUUCGCGAUCCGGCAGUGCCCCGACGAGACCCAUCAGCGGACGUGGCGGUAUUACUGCCCCCAAGGGUGUGUCGCGUCCCGAAUCCGGCCGCCGGACUUCUACCAGCUCUCAGGGGGGACGAGACUCGAGUUCGGCCACCAGAUCCGAUGAGCUUUUGAGCUCCCCCAUUGAAGCCGAUGAGGAUGAGAUACUCUCACCGCAACCGACAAGCCCAGCCGCUGGGAGGGCCAAUGCGCUGGAGAGGAUUGCGGCCGAGUCUUCGGCCGUACCUUCUAUAGCGGCUUCGUUAAAGAAGCCUGCGGCGGCUGGUUCGUCGCGGUCCUCCGUCGGCAGCACUGCCGCGAGCAGGGAAAUCGAAGAUCUCAAGGCGAAGCUCAAGGUCCUGGAACGGAAGCGGGUUGAAGACCGAGACAAGCUGAAGCAACUGGACACGGUUCAAGGAGAACGAGACAAAUUCGAAGGCAUCAUACAAAAGCUACAGCAGAAAUAUCAACCUAUCCAACAAGAAAACACAGACCUAAGAAAGGCCAUCAAGGAGGCUGAGGCGAGAUAUGAGUCGUUUGAGGCUCUUCAAGCAGAGCAUGACACUGCCCUGGAACUGGCCACUCUGGAUCGAGAAAUGGCUGAGGAGACAUCAGAGGUUCUGAAAAUGGAGGUGGAUGCCUUGAAGGAAAAAGCCGAGGAGCUGCAAUUGGAACUCGACAUUUUGAAAGAAGAAAACGCCGAGUAUAGCAAUGGUAUGACCCCGGAAGAGCGUGCCAGCACCGGUUGGCUGCAAAUGGAGCGCACCAAUGAACGAUUGCGAGAGGCGCUGCUACGACUGCGAGAUCUCACGCAAGAGCAGGAGCAGGAGCUCCGAGACCAGAUUGCGGGCAUGGAGGAGGAACUUAAGGAAUUCAAUGCCCUGAAAGAGGAACAUACCACAGCCAAGGAGAAGCUGGCACAGUCGGAGUCGGCCGUAGAAGACUUGCGCCAGCAGCUAGACACCGCACUGGGUGCUGAAGACAUGAUUGAAGACUUGACGGAAAGGAACAUGAGCAUGUCUGAGCAAAUCGAGGAGCUCAAGGCUGUCAUUGAAGACCUGGAGAACCUCAAGGAGAUCAACGACGAGCUCGAGAUUAACCAUGUCCAAAACGAAAAGGAGAUGCAGGAAGAGCUUGAUUUCAGAGACGGCGUCAUUGCUGAGCAAGCAAGACGAGCGCAGCAACAAGAUGCUAACCUGGGCGAUAUGGAAUACACUCUAUCACGAUUCCGAGAGCUCGUCACCAACUUGCAAAGCGACCUGGAUGACAUGCGCGCCUCCCAGGCCGUCACCGAGGGCGAGUCCGAGAAGCUCAACGACCGCUCAAGGGCCAUGAUGGAUCUGAACAUGAAGCUCCAGAUUUCUGCCUCAAAGGCCCAAGUCAAGACGAUUGACCUCGAGCUGAGACGGCUUGAAGCUCAAGAGGCCGAGCAACACUUGGAAAUUAUCAAACUGUUCCUUCCCGAUAGCUACCGAGAUGACCAGGACUCGGUUCUUGCUCUCCUGCGAUUCCGCCGAUUGGCAUUCAAGGCAAACCUUGUCAACGGGUUUAUUCGGGAGCGAGUCAACGGGCAGCCCGAACCAGGCCAUGAGGAUGAUGUUCUUGCCGGUUGUGAGGCCAUCGACAAGCUUGUUUGGGUCGCCUCCAUGUGCGAUCGCUUUGUCAACGACAUCAGCCACUGCACUAUUGAGCAAUUCACCAAGUACCAGAACUCUCUGCUGGAGCUGGAGCCCGUUGAACGUGCGCUAAACAGCUGGAUUGAUGGCCUGCGACGAGACGAGCUGAAGGAGCAGAAGUGCGCCGACGAACUCCAGCGCACCAUCUCGCUCAUGUCUCACCUUGGCGAGGUACACAUCUCCAGUGGCAUCGCUGCCUUUGCUGAUGACAUUCACAUGAGAGCUCUUAUUGUUCAAAGCCACCUCGAUUCGGCAACUGUCGCCUUCAACGUGAUCCGAAGCAUGGUGCAGCGGGCUAUCCCGACCGCAGGUGAAGAAGAAGAGCUGGCGCAACAUUUCGCAAAGAAGAUUGACCUCGCCAUCACGCAGACCAGAAGCACCAAGGUCUUUGCCGGAAAGGCGGUUCGUGCUCUUGAAGACCUAAAGGCACGAUCCCUCUCACUGGGUGAGGAUACCAAGGGCGCCUUUGAACAAUGCGAGACUCUGACCCAAGAGCUUGCGCGCCUUACUCGUGAUAUUGGCCUCGGUAUCCAUAAGCUCCUCACUCAUGACGAGGGCCGAAACGAGCCCUUUACCUACGGAGAAGUCAGCGAUGUCGUCCGCCAGGCAGUUCUCGAGUCCACACAGACCAACGAGUCCGACCUCUUCUCCAGCUAUCUUAACAAGCUCAAGGUCGCCACCGAACAGAUAUCUGAUCUGGCUUCGCUCGCCGCCGAUUUGGACCAAACUCACGACUACGACGUUAGCCCGUCUCCCUGGCGCCUCCGUGCUCAGGAACUCAGGAUACUCAAGACAGUUCCCGUGGACACUGAGGAGGAGCUCAGAAGGCUCAAGGCUGAGCACAACGAGGUCCGUCGGACGAUUGCGCAGCGAGAUGAACACCUUAGCACAGCAGUGCUCAAGAUUGAGACGCUCGAGUCUCGGAUGCGUGAUGCCCAGGCCAAUGUCGAGCGCAUUGGCAGCUUGCAAUCCGAGCUUGAGGAGGUCAAUGGCAACGUAACCAGCCUCAAGGAAGACAUUGAGAAGCAAGACCGAGAACUCAAGAACCUGGAGUCUGAGCGAGACAAGUGGAAGAAGAUUGCUAGCGACAGCAGAGCAUAUGCUGACGGCGCCGACGCUGCGGACAUGAAGGCUGGCCAGGAGCGGGCUGUUGCCACGGCACGCGAAAUGGAUGCGCUGAAGAAGGACAUUGAAAGCCUACAGGCGGCAGUUCGUUAUCUGCGUGACGACAACCGCCGUGCGCGCAUGAAGGAGCAGCAAGACUACGAGUGGCUCUCUGAGCCUUUGAAGAAGGAUCCCAGCUCGGAGCAGCAGCGCAAGGCUUUGGUCGUUGCUGAGGGCAGGGACGUGCUUGGAGAGCUCCUCAAGAUGGCAACGUCGGCCACCGUCUUCGACCUCAGCGCCGCGCCCAAGCAGAAGCUGGCCUGGCGCCCUGCCAGAACGACACCGCAAUAUCACGCCGCGAAGCAGACAGAAGAACUCGAGGCCUGGAGGACUUGGCAGGAGUCGGUGCUCAAAAAGACGGACAUGCUCUUCGCCCAGGAUCGCAGUAUCAGCAUCGGCAGAGAGAAGCAGCAGGCUGGCACGAAGCGAGAGGCCGCGGCUCGGCUGAGAAUCAGACUGCCUCGCGAUGCCGCGCAGGGCAAGUUGACGACGUACUCGGGAGACGGUGUGCAGAUUGUUGGGUCGCAGGAGUGGGACGCUUUGCAAGCCGCCACGAGGAAGUUUGCCGCUGUAUAA